AUGGCCUGGCUGUGGGCCCUGAGGUACCUCACUCAUAAUUACCAACACACUUUGGCUCUGGCAUUUGCUGUUAAUGAGAUCAAUGAACAUGCUGGAAUUUUACCCAACAUUACCCUUGGUUUCCACAUUGCUACUGAUAAUCUUGAGGAAAUUACAACUUAUCAAUUAGCAAUGGAAUUUCUAUCUACAAAAGAUCAAUUUAUCCCCAACUACAAAUGUAAUGACCAGACCCACACGGUAGCUGUCAUUGGAGGACCCCGUUCUAGGACAUGUCUCAACAUGGCAACCAGUCUGUGUAACUACAAAUUUCCGCAGAUCACAUAUGGAUCAGCUCCAUUGAUGAAUGAUGAAACAGCAGCACUAUUUGUCAAAUGGAUGUUCCCCGUUGAGGUACACCAGUUUAAUGGAAUACUACAUUUACUGCUGCAUUUUGGAUGGACCUGGGUUGGGAAAGUUUGCUUUGUUGAGGAAGAUAAAGAGAGAUUCAUUCAGGAUAGCCUUUCCAUGUUUACAGUGAGAGGAAUCUGCUUUGACUUUAUAGAAAGUAUCCCCCAAAUGAUGUAUGGCAAUUUAGCUGCUGAAAUGGUGGAGGAAGCAGAUAAAUUAUACAAAGUGAUCAUGGGGAGUACAGUCAUUGCAGUGAUCUUGAAUGCUGAAAUUACAGGCCUGAUGACUUUGAGACUAAUGAUCUAUGCUUUAGAUUCUGAGGAUAUUCCCAAGGAGAGAAAAGCCAAAGUCUGGAUCAUGACAGCUGAGAUGGAAUUCACCUCCAUUCUAAUGCAAAGAGAAUUGCCCAUUGAUUUUCUCCAUGGUGCUCUUUCCUUUGCAAUUCACUCAAAGGAACUGAGGGGGUUCAGAGAAUUUGUGCAGAAGAGAAACCCAACAUUAGAAAAUGAAGAUGGCUUUAUUAGAGAUUUUUGGAAAGAUGCAUUUGAAUGUUCCUUCUCCACUGGUUUUAGAGAUGGGAAAGCUGACAGGACCUGCACUGGGGAAGAGAAGCUGGAGUCUCUUUCUCAAUCUAUAUUUGAAAUGAGCAUGAGCAGCCACAGCUACAGCAUCUACAAUGCAGUCUAUGCUAUGGCAAACGCUCUGAGGCAAUUGUAUUCCUCCCAGUUCAAAUACGGGCAAAGAAUUAAUGAAAGGAGAUGGAAGCUUUUUCUUCAGUCACCAUGGCAGCUCCACCAUUUUUUGCAGCAUGUCACCUUUAAUAACACUGCUGGAGAACAUAUUUCUUUUGGCUCCAAUGGAGAAUUAGUAACUGGAUUUGAUGUUUACAAUUGGGUGACAUUCCCAAAUAAGUCAUUUCUAAGAGCUAAAGUUGGAAAAAUUGACCCUAUGGCUCACACAGACAAUCUUCUCACCAUUUCCACCAAGGACAUUGUUUGGCCCCACAUGUUUAAUCAGACAUUGCCUCUUUCCAUCUGUAACAAGAAAUGUCCUCUGGGCCAUAGUAAGAUAAAAGUGGAAGGGAAAUUAUCCUGCUGCUAUGACUGCAGACGGUGUCCAGAAGGGAAGAUAGCUGACCAAAGAGACUUGGACGAUUGUUUCUCAUGUCCAGAAAAUCAAUACCCAAAUAAAGAACAGGAUAGUUGCUUUCCUAAAAGGAUAACUUACUUGUCUUAUCAAGAUCCUUUGGGUAGUUCUUUGGCAAUGAUUGCUGUCUUCUUUUCUGUCAUGUCAAUUUUGGUACUGGGGAUCUUCAUUAAACACCGGGACACACCCAUUGUCAAAGCCAACAACAGGAACCUCACCUAUAUUCUUCUCGUCGCUCUCCUCCUCUCCUUCCUCUGCACUCUGCUCUUCAUUGGGCAACCUGACCAAGUGAAAUGUCUCAUGCGACAAACUGCAUUUGGCACCAUGUUCUCUGUAGCUCUUUCUUGUAUACUGGGGAAAACAACCAUUGUUGUUCUUGCUUUCCUGGCCACCAAGCCAGGUUCCACAAUAAGGAAAUGGGUGGGGAAAGGACCGGCUAUCUCUAUUGUCCUAACUUGCUCCCUGAUACAAUUCUGCAUUUGUGUGACGUGGCUCGCAAUUUCUCCUCCCUUCCCAGAUUCUGACAUGCACUCCAUGGCUGAAGAAAUGGUCCUGCAAUGUAAUGAAGGUUCAACCACUAUGUUUUAUACUGUCCUUGGCUUUAUGGGGUUCUUGACUGCUGUCAGCUUUACAGUGGCUUUCUUAGCUAGGAAUUUACCUGACAGCUUCAAUGAAGCCAAAUUUAUCACCUUCAGCAUGUUGGUGUUUUGCAGUGUUUGGGUGUCAUUUGUUCCCACCUAUCUCAGCACCAAGGGGAAGUACAUGGUGGCUGUGGAGAUCUUUUCCAUCUUGGCUUCAGCAGCUGGAUUACUGGGUUGUAUCUUUUCCCCCAAAUGCUAUAUCAUUACUUUGAGGCCUGAUCUGAAUACAAAGGAACAACUAACAAAGAAAUAAAAUUGAACUUUACC